AUGGCGCGGACGGCCUUUUUCGCAGCGCUCGCGCUGCUUGUGACAGCAGAGGAUGUCGAAGAGGACAUGAUCCGGGUGCCGCUGAAGAAGGAGAGGCGCAAUCUUCAAGAGCAAGCUCGAUCGGCGGAGUUGAGCGCGGCUCCCUGGGAGGAGCGCGAGGCAGCGCUUGGAACGUCAGGUGGCACCGCGCGGCUCACGCUGCGGAACCAGCUGAACGCGCAGUACGCAGGCGUGAUUGAAAUUGGCACACCGGGGCAGCCAAUCAAGGUUCUCUUUGAUACGGGUUCGUCGAACUUGUGGGUGCCCACCAGCUCUGGGCUUCAGUCCCAGCGUCUGCUUGGCUACCACUCCGGGUUUUCCUCCAAGAAGUCUUCUACGUUCCAGGAUGGUUCCCUGUCCUUCCACUUCGUGUACGGGUCAGGGGGCGUCUCCGGCCAGUUCUGCUCCGAUGACGUUUCCAUCGGCGGCCUGAAGAUGUCCAACUUCUCUUUCGCCCAAGUGGACGACGUCCGUGGGCUUGGCAGCAUGUACACCUCAGCCUUGUCGGUCUUUGACGGCAUUCUGGGUCUGGGCUUCGCCGACUUGGCGCACCGGGGAGUCCCCAGCGCCAUGCAGGCCCUUGUGGCAGGGCGUCGGCUCAAGGAGCCCGUUUUCAGCUUCUUCUUGGGCGAUGAUGAAGAUGGCCAACUGGUGCUGGGUGGCGUUGAUGAUCGUCACUUCCAGGGCCCAUUCCACUUCGUACCCGUCGUGUCCACCGCCUAUUGGCAGGCGCCUUUGGCGGCCGACUGCCGCGAUGUGGAGCUGGCCGGUGUGGAGGGCCAGGGGUCGCCGGCAGAUGAGCAACCGCAAUGCCAGCCCGCACCAGCGGUCCGUGCUGACUGGAGGAGGAGGAACAUCCGGGCCAACAUCGCGUUCCAAGCCCUGAUGUCCCUGGCGUGGGGAACGGCCAUGGGCCCGGUCUUCGACAAGUACCUGUUCCUCCUUGGGUCUGGGCUGGCCAAGGGGCCCCGCUUGAUCCCGGCCAUGCAUGCCAAUUCCCUUGUUGGAGUGGCUGAGAGCGUGUCCGGUCUCACCAGCCUCGUCGUUGCCAUCCCCGUCGGCUACAUCGUCGACCGCCAGCCGACCAAGCGUGCGUGGCUGGUUCGACGCUCCAGCGUCUUAGCCGUGCUGGCGGUGGUCACAGGCUUCGUUGCCGUCCUGACAGACGAGCUGCUCGUUCUGACGGUGAUGCUGGUGAGCUUCGGUGCAUUCAUGGAGCUGAGCUCCAGCGCAACAGAUGCCAUCUUUGCCGACAGCAUCCCGGCGGGCGAGCGGUCGGCGUACUACGUCACGAAGUCGGUCCUGACCACCAUCGGCAGCGCCUGCGGCCCGGGUAUCUCUGCGUUGGGGCUGGCACUCCUGGGCGACAAGUGGCAGCCCUACCAAAUCAAGAUCGUGAUCGCAGGCGGACUGCUGCUGUUUCUGCCCACCUUGCUGCCCCUCUUUCUCUUCGAGGAUCCCGUGCUGACGGAGCCUGCGAGCAGAGAGGCCGAGGCAGGUGUCGCUUCGGCCCAGUCAGAAGGAAGCACGCAAGCAUCGACGGCUGACGCUCAGGCCUCCAAUGGUUCUGGUGUGGAGGACACUCGCAGAUGCCUAUGCUUCCGAAGCAAGCACGUGCCGGUGCUACUUGCCUUGGCCGACUUUAUUACCUGCAUUGGCGCCGGGAUGACGGUGAAGUUCUUCAACCUCUUCUUCAUCCAAGACCAUCAGUUUUCGCCAGUCGCCAUCAGCUUGCUGCAGACGGCCUAUCCUUUGGUCAUUGCGCUCUUCAUGAAGUUCACGGAGCGGCUCGCGAAGCCUUUGGGCCGACCACAGGCCUCCCUGAGCUUCUUCAGUGCCAACGUCCUUUGCCUCUUCCUUCUCGGGGAGGUGAGUUGGCUUCCGCUUCUGCUCCUGCUCUUCAUGGUGCGAGGGGGCUUCGCAAACAGCACCUUCCCCAUCGACCGGUCAAUUCUGAUGGACUACACUCCAUCUACCCAGCGUGGCAUGUGGAACGCGAUCCAGAGUCUUACUUCCAUGACCUGGAGCGGGAGCGCUUUCUUAGGUGGACUGCUGUCGGAUUCCCAUGACUACAGGUACACCUUUGUCAUCACGAGCCUGAUCUACGCGACCGCCUGCGUCGUCUACGCGCCGCUCCUGUGGCUCGUGCCCCGGAAGGAGAAGGCUGCGGCAAGCAUCCGCACCUGA